UUCUCUCAUCGUUCUAGGGUUCCUCUUCUGUUUCUUGCUGAACCUUUCAAAUAUUUCCAAAUCCUUCUCAUGUACUUCUUCGACUUAAGCUCUACUUCCGCAGAAGAAAUUGUAGGGCUUUAGAUUCUGCGGUGCUGCUGUACUGUUUUCCGUUGUUCGGAAGCGGAGAUGAGUUUCCGCAAGGGCUCUAACGUCUGGGUAGAAGACAAGGACUUGGCAUGGGUAGCGGCGGAAGUAGUUGGUGUUUCUGGUAAACAAGUUCAAGUCCUUACGGCUUCUAGACGGAAGAUCUCGAUUUCUAGUGACAAAUUGCUUCUGAGGGAUCCCGAUGCCGACCACGGUGGAGUUGAUGACAUGACGAAACUAACUUACUUGAAUGAGCCCGGAGUACUGUACAACCUUGCUAGAAGAUAUGCACUCAAUGAUAUUUAUACAUAUACAGGGAGUAUCUUGAUUGCUGUGAACCCAUUUACGAAGCUUCCUCAUUUAUAUAAUGUGCAUAUGAUGGAGCAAUAUAAAGGAGCUCGGUUUGGUGAGCUAAGUCCCCAUGUUUUUGCAGUGGCUGAUGCUUCUUACAGGGCAAUGAUGAACGAGACUCGUAGUCAGUCUAUUUUGGUCAGUGGAGAAAGUGGGGCAGGGAAAACAGAGACAACGAAACUGAUUAUGCAGUACUUGACUUUUGUUGGUGGUCGAGCUGCUGGUGAUGACCGUACUGUGGAGCAGCAAGUUCUUGAAUCAAAUCCACUGUUGGAGGCAUUUGGUAAUGCAAGGACGAUUAGAAAUGAUAACUCAAGUCGUUUUGGGAAGUUCGUUGAAAUUCAGUUCGAUGUGAAUGGUAGGAUAUCUGGUGCUGCUAUCAGAACCUACCUUUUGGAAAGGUCUCGUGUAGUGCAGAUAACAGAUCCUGAAAGGAAUUAUCACUGCUUUUAUCAGUUAUGUGCCUCAGGAAAGGAUGCGAAGAAGUACAAGCUGGGUCAUCCGAGCAACUUUCACUACUUAAAUCAGAGUAAGACAUAUGAAUUAGAUGGGGUGAGCAGUUCAGAGGAAUACAUCAAGACAAGGAGGGCAAUGGAUAUAGUCGGUAUAAGUCUUGAUGAUCAGGAAGCUAUAUUUCGUACCUUGGCUGCUAUUCUACAUCUUGGGAACAUUGAGUUUUCUCCAGGCAAAGAGCACGAUUCAUCAACUAUUAAGGACCAGAAAUCUUGCUUUCAUCUUCAGAUGGCUGCUGAUUUAUUUAUGUGUGAUGCUAACCUUUUGCGUGCAACACUCUGUACGCGUUCAAUUCAGACACAUGAAGGAAGUAUUGUUAAAGCUCUUGAUUGCAAUGCUGCCAUUGCCAGUCGGGAUGCUUUAGCAAAGAGUGUUUAUGCCCGUUUGUUUGACUGGUUGGUUGAAAAAAUAAAUAGGUCUGUUGGGCAAGAUCAGGAUUCUCGCAUACAGAUUGGUGUUUUGGACAUUUAUGGCUUUGAAUGUUUUAAGAAUAAUAGUUUUGAGCAGUUCUGCAUUAACUUUGCGAAUGAGAAACUGCAGCAACAUUUCAAUGAGCAUGUGUUUAAGAUGGAGCAGGAGGAAUACAGCAAAGAAGAGAUUAAUUGGAGCUAUAUUGAAUUCAUUGACAAUCAAGAUGUUUUGGAUUUGAUUGAAAAGAGACCUAUUGGAAUAAUUGCACUCUUGGAUGAGGCUUGCAUGUUUCCAAAAUCAACCCAUGAAACAUUUUCGACAAAGCUUUUUCAGAGCCUCCGUACGCAUCCUCGAUUGGAAAAUGCGAAAUUUUCAGAGACGGAUUUUACCAUUUCGCACUAUGCUGGCAAGGUUAAUUAUCAAACGAAUUCUUUCCUAGAUAAAAACAGAGAUUAUGUUGUGGUAGAACACUGCAAUCUAUUGUCUUCCUCUCAAUGCUCCUUUGUUGCUGGCCUUUUCCCUCCUCCUCCGGAGGAAUCUUCAAGAUCAUCAUAUAAGUUUUCAUCUGUGGCCUCUAGAUUUAAGCAACAACUUCAAGCGCUUAUGGAAACCCUCAACUCAACAGAGCCUCAUUACAUUCGCUGUGUAAAGCCGAACUCGGUGAACCGACCUCAUAAAUUUGAGAAUCAGAGCAUAUUACAUCAGUUACGGUGUGGGGGUGUUCUAGAGGCUGUUCGAAUAAGCCUUGCUGGUUACCCCACUCGAAGGACUUACUCAGAGUUUCUUGAUCGUUUUGGGAUUCUAGCUCCAGAACUUAUGGAUGGAAGUUAUGAUGAAAAGACUUUGACAGAGCGCAUUCUUGUAAAGUUAAAACUUGAAAACUUCCAAUUGGGUAAGAGCAAAGUUUUCCUUAGGGCUGGUCAGAUUGCAGUCUUAGAUUCUCAAAGGGCUGAAGUUCUUGAUAAUGCGGCAAGGCUUAUUCAGGGUCGGUUGCGGACAUUUAUUGCUCGCAGGAAUUUUGUUUUGGUUCGUGCAGCUGCAAUCAUUCUUCAAUCGUACUGCAGAGGUUGCCUUGGUCAACAUGUGUUUUCUGUUAAACGUGAAGCAGCAGCUGCUCUUUCAAUACAAAAGAAUGCUCGCAGGUGGCUAUCCCGCUGUGCAUAUUUGAGACUUUAUUCAGCUUCUGUUCUUUUGCAAUCCAGCAUCCGAGGUUCAUUAACUCGUUGGAAGUUUCUUCACAAAAGGGAACAUAGAGCUGCUUUAUUUGUCCAGGCCCAAUGGAGGAUGUGUAAGGCACGCUCUUCAUUCCGAUGUCAUCAAAAUUCUAUUAUAAAGGUGCAAUGCCUCUGGAGGCAAAAACUGGCAAAAAGAGAGCUUCGGAGGCUAAAACUGGAGGCAAAUGAAGCUGGUGCAUUGCGCUUAGCAAAGAAUAAGCUCGAGAAGCAAUUGGAAGAGCUUACAUGGCGAUUGCAUCUAGAAAAAAGAUUACGGGUAUCUAGUGAAGAGGCCAAGUUAACAGAACUUUCAAAGCUUCAAAAAACAUUGGAAUCAUUGAAUUUGGAGUUGGAUGCAGCAAAGUCGGUUACCACUAAUGAGUGCAACGAGAAUGCAUUGCUUCGAAAUCAGCUGGAAUUAUCAAGACAAGAGAAAUCAGCUUUGGAGAGCAGACUUGUUGGAAUGGAAGAGCUGAGCAUGGAGAAUGCGGUUUUGAAGAGUUCACUGGAAUCCUUGGAAAAGACGAAUGCAGAGAUGGAGAUGGAGCUUGCCAAAGCUCGAAAAGAUAGUAUCGGUACCAUGGAAAAACUGCGGGAGGUUGAAGAGAAGUAUUAUCAGCUCCAGCAGAAUUUGCAAAGUUUGGAGGAGAAGCUCUCAACUUUUGAGGAGGAGAAUAAAGUUCUAAGACAAAAGGCAUUAAGCACAACUCCUAUGAGCAACCUUCCUGGGUUUGCCAAGCAAUUCUCAGAGAAGUACUCUGGAGCACUUAUGCUUCCCAUCACGGGCCGAAAUUCUAUAUAUGAGUCACCUACCCCUACGAAACUUAUGCCUCCUAUUCCACACAGCCUCUCAGAAUCACGUCGAUUGAAAAUGACUGCUGACAAGCAUCAGGAGGAUCAUGACUUUCUAUUAAGGUGUAUUAAAGAAGAUUUGGGAUUUAAGGAUGGUAAACCAGUCGCAGCUUGCAUCAUAUAUAAAUGUCUCCUUCAAUCGCGUGCAUUUGAGUCUGAGAGGACAGCGAUUUUCGACCAUAUAAUUGAGGGAAUCAAUGAAGCUCUCAAGGUGGAGGAUGGGAGCACCAUCUUGCCUUAUUGGUUGUCCAAUGCCUCAACGCUUCUAUGCUUGCUGCAAAAGAAUUUACGGUCCAAUGGUUUUCUCACACCGUCUUCUCAACGUUCUGGUCAAAUUGCAAGGAUGGCACAAGGUUUAAAAUCACCUUUGAAAUAUAUUGGAUUUGAGGAGAACGCUCCACAUGUUGAUGCACGCUAUCCAGCUAUACUAUUUAAGCAGCAACUGACUGCUUGCGUGGAGAAGAUUUUUGGCUUGAUUAGAGAUAAUUUGAAGAAAGAGAUAUCCCCACUAUUGGGAUUGUGCAUUCAGGCGCCCAAAAUUGUGCGGGCGCACACCGGGAAAUCCUCUAGAUCACCGGGGGUUGUUCCUCAACAGUCAGUGAACAGUCACUGGGAAAGUAUCAUCAAAUUCAUGGAUUCUCUUAUGAGUCGAUUGCGUGGAAAUUAUGUUCCCUCCUUUUUCAUUCGCAAGCUCAUUACCCAAGUAUUUUCCUUCAUCAAUAUCUCUCUUUUCAAUAGUCUUCUAUUGCGGCGUGAAUGUUGCACAUUUUCAAAUGGAGAAUAUGUUAAAUCUGGUCUGGCGGAACUUGAACAAUGGAUAGCUAAAGCUACAGAGGAGUAUGCAGGAACCUCUUGGCAUGAGCUAAAUUACAUCAGACAAGCUGUUGGGUUUCUGGUGAUACAUCAAAAGAGGAAAAAGUCUCUAGAAGAGAUCAGGCAAGAUUUGUGUCCGGCAUUGACAAUAAGGCAAAUUUACAGAAUUAGUACCAUGUAUUGGGACGACAAAUAUGGCACACAGAGUGUAUCAACUGAGGUGGUUGCACAAAUGAGGGAAAUUCUGAACAAGGAUUCUCAGACUUUUAAUACAAAUUCAUUCUUGUUGGAUGAUGAUCUAAGCAUUCCGUUCUCUACUGAAGAUAUAUCAAAGGCCAUCCCUGUGGUAGAUCCAUCAGAUGUUGAACUCCCAUCAUUCUUGCAUGAUUAUCCUUCUACACAGUUAAGGCUCUUGCAUCCUGAGUAAAUGGUUUUAUGAAUUUGAUUUAGCAGAGCAGCUUGAUUGCAGAUCCAACUUGAUGCGAGUUGUGUUGGUAAUUUACAAAGCCAACUAUGAAGAAUGGAUCACUACAAUCUCUUUGAGGGGUUCAGUAGCCAAUGGAUGUGAUUGUUCUAAGUGGUGGUUGACUAGACCACAAUGUAUACCAGGGGAAUGUCACUAUGCUUACCUCACAUUCAAGCAAUUGGUUACAAUGUAAUAUAAUUAUUGUUAGAUUGUUUCAUAUUAAAUAUAAUUCAUUUCAGCAGGCUCA